AUGUUUCGCAACACCUUCCAAAGUGGUCUCCUAUCGAUAUUAUACAGCAUCGGGAGCAAACCGCUGCAACUAUGGGAAACACAGGUUAAAAACGGACAUAUAAAACGAAUAUCUGACGAGGACAUUGAAUCUCUGGUCUUGGAGGUGAUGGGAGCAAACGUCAGUACGACGAUGAUUUCUUGCCCACACGACCCGCGAAAAGGGCUUGGCAUAAAGCUUCCCUACAUCGUCCUCAUCGUGAAAAAUAUGAAGAAAUACUUCACGUUUGAAGUGCAGAUUUUGGACGACAAGGGCAUCAAACGACGGUUUCGGGCAUCCAACUACCAGUCCAGCACGCGGGUGAAGGGUUCGAUUUGCACGAUGCCGCUGAGGCUGGACGAUGGCUGGAAUCAAGUCCAAUUCAACCUGGCCGACUUCACGAAGAAAGCCUAUGGUUCGAAUUAUGUGGAGACGAGCCGGGUGGUCAUCAAUGCUAACUGCCGGCUACGCCGCGUCUACUUCUCGGAUCGACUGCACACAGAGGAAGAACUACCCCCUGAAUUCAAGCUCUACCUGCCAAACACCCGGGUGGCCGCUUCAAAGGCUUCUUCUUCGACAGCC